AUGGUAACCACCAUACUACUUUCUGUUUCUCUGAGUUUGACUAUUAUAAAUACUGUAAUUGGAAUCGUGCAGUAUUUGUUCUGUGUCUGGCUUAUUUCACUCAGCAUAACACUUUCAAGGCUCAUUCAUGUUGUUGUAUUUGGCAGAAUUUCCUUGUUUUUAAGGCCGAAUCGUACUUCAAGCAAACUCAAUGAAGAACACUGGUCCUGUUGUGGAGAAAACUGUUAUUUGUUUACAAGUGAAGAUAAAAACUGGAAUGGAUGUAAACAGGCUUGCCAAAGUUAUGGAUUGUCUCUUUUGAAGAUAGAUGAUGAAGAUGAACUGGCCUUCCUUCAACCCCAGACUUAUGAAAAUAACUACUGAUUAUCAUAUAAUGAAAGGAAAAGUAAAUGGGAAUGGAUGGGCAAUGGCACGCCUGGAACAUAAGUCUCUGGAAUUAAUUCUGCGAUAAUGAAUAUGAUCUCUGGGCGAGGACAAUGUGCACUUUUAACCUCAACAAGAAUAACAGCUAUUGAGUGCUCCAAAACCCUCAAUUGUAUCUGUGAGCAGAGUGUUUUCCCUGCUUUUAAUGCACUAAGAGGAAAAGAGUCUGAUCCUAUAGCCCAGUCUCCUCAACAGACUCCAUUUGGAAGUAUUGUUGAUGGUGCUAAAGAGGAUGGGGCGUCCAUAGCCAGUCGCUUCACUGACGCUGCUUCAGAGGAAGACAAAGUACACUGCGGUCAACUCUUAACUCUCCACACCACUGGAUGGAAGUGUAACCCCGCCGACAGGCUGGAGGGCCCCAAGACUGAAAGUAAUCGGGGCCUUGGAAAAACAGGCCACUGA